AUGGCGGUGCCUUCGGAACUCACGCGCACGGAGACGCUCUCGCACCUCGCCAUCUCAGGUGCCGCUCUCAUCAUCCUCGCCAACACCUUCACUGGCGAGGGAGAGCCUCUCAUCGCGUCCCUGGCCCUGUCGGCCCUCGCCUUUUCUCUCGCCUACUGCAUGGUCCGCUGGCUGGGCCCCACCUUCAUCAAGGCCGGCUUCAAGGGCAAGGACCUCUCCAAAGCUCACCAGCCUCUCAUUCCCGAAUGCAUGGGUGCUGUCUGCGCCGCCGUCUACCUCCUUGUCAUUAUUGUCUUCAUCCCUUUUCCCUUUUACAAGGACAUUGUCGCCGCGACCAGCGGUGGAGGCAACCGCGACGUCGUCCUGCAUGUCGAACAUGUUCAGCAGGGACGCUUCCUGCAUCGCUUCCCGCAUAGCAAGCUGGCUAGUUAUCUGUCCGCCAUCAUCUCUCUGCAGACCACCGCCCUGCUCGGCAUCGGCGAUGACCUCUUCGACAUCCGCUGGCGCCACAAGUGGUGGAUUCCCGGUCUCGCAUCCAUCCCCAUCCUCGUCGUCUACUUUGUCGACUUUGGCGUCACCUCCAUCGUCAUCCCUAUCCCCCUGCAGCCCUACCUCGGCGAGCUCUUCAACCUGGGGCCUCUCUACUACCUCUACAUGGCCCUGCGUCGCCAUCUCUUCGGCCUCGUCCCCUGCCCGCGCCACCGCCUGCCGCGCUUCGUCGCCCGCACCGGCCUCCUCGAGCCCAGCGUCACCCCCUGGCCGCGCGACGCCCAGCCCCACCCCCUCGUCGCCCGCGCCCUCCGCCUGCUCGCCCGCCUGCGCCUGCUCGCCCUGCGCGUCCGCGACGACGACCCGGCCUCCAUCGAGGCCACGAGCAACCUCACCCUCCUCAACCUCUGGCUCGUCUGGCGCGGGCCCCUGCGCGAGGACCGCCUCGCCUGGGAGGUCACCCUGCUGCAGCUCGCCGUCGGCCUCUUCGGCCUCUUUGUCCGUCACCGUCUCGCCCUGCUCAUCUUUAAGGAGGACAACUGGGUCUUUUCGACGACUGCCGUUUGA